AUGGAUUUAGUUGACAUGACAAAGUACAACGACAAGAACAAGGGAUACCGAUGGAUUCUAACAUCCAUCGAAAUACGAAGUAGGUAUGCAUUCACAGUACCAGUGUACAGGAAAAACGUGACGACAAUGAAGGACGCUGUCAGUAACUGUUUAGAGCAAUUUAAGAAUCAUUUUGGGAAGUACCCAAAAUUCAUUCAGUUUGAUCAAGGCACAGAGUUUUACAACAAAGAAGUAAAGUAAUUGCUCAAUAAACAUAACAUUGAGUUUUUCUCCACUUACUCAGACAAAAAGGCCGCAGUUGUGAAAAGAUUCAACAGAACACUUAAAGCACUAAUGUGGAGUACUUCUACAGUGCCAGAACAUAUAAAUGGUUAGACGUUCUUCAAGACUUAACCGAUAAUUACAACAGUUCAGUGAACAGAUCAAUUAAAACAACACCGGACAGUGUCAAUGAGUCCAACUGGACUGAAGUAUGGAAGACACUUUUUAGUCACGAUCUAGGUGAACCACCAGGACCAAAGUUUGUUGUCGGAGAAAGUGUCAGGAUCUCAAAGUACAAAUCAGUGUUCACAAAGGGGGAUGAAGCAAAUUUCGCAGAGGAGGUAUUCACUGUGAUGGAAGUGUAUCACAAACACCCAAACACGUACACAAUAAAAGACAGUGCUGAUGAACCAAUAAUUGGCAGGUUUUAUGAACAAGAACUGUAUAGCGCUGAAGGAAGAGAACCUGAUUUCAGAAUAGAGAAAGUACUAAGAAGAAGAACAGUGAAAGGUAAGAAGAUGUCUUUCGUUAAGUGGUUAGGUUAUGAUGACAAAUUUUAA